AUGGAAGAUAACAGCAAAGAAAAUAGUGUAAUAGAAAUAGAUGCUGCUCCAGUUACAGAUAAUAACACACCCUCAGUUACAAAUAAUAGUAUACAAGAAAGCAUAGGAACAGAAGUUGCUUCAAUUACAAAUAAUAGAAUUUUUAUAAUCCCCAGCAGCAUAUGGAGACUGGUACUAUCUCCUGGAACUGCUUUAAUGUUUUGGCUUGCUGGUGGACUUAUAAGCUUACUUGGAAGCAUGAUAUAUGUUGAGUUAGGAUCCAGGUGCCCCAAAGGAUCAGGGGAACAAAACUACCUUGAAGAGGCAUUUAAUUACGAGAAUAAACCUGCAAAUGGCAAAAAUCAAUUGACUUUUAAUAAUACUCCAUCAGAUGAAGCAUAUGAGCCGUCUAUUAUAGAACACAUUGGAAAUUAUGGAAAUGCUUUAGUAUUGAUAAGCACUAUAGAAAAUAUCUUCUCUGAUCAAUUUGUUCAGCAUGAUGUACAAAAAAGUGCUUAUUUGUCAGAAGAAUACCGAUUUAACGGAGGAGUUAAAGUCUCCAAAAAAAAACCUGAAAUUUUCAGGCCUUCUAAGUAUUUAUUGAUUAAUGCUGCUUUUAUAUUGGUGGUAUCACCUCAUGAUGCCAUAAAUUCUUAUGAUGCUAUCGCUAUUAACUUUGGACGCACAUUAUGGGGUGACUCAGGAAGAAUAUUUAUGUCAAUAUUAAUCUCAUCUUCUGCUUUCGGUUGUGUGAGUUCAAUGGUUUUUAUGGGUUCUCGUGCUAUAACAUAUGCUGCUAAAUAUAGGUUUAUACCAAAAAUAUCUGACAAGUUAUUUUAUUGGAGCAAAACCCCAUUUCAUGCUUUACUUUUACAAUUUUGUUAUUGCACAGCUUUAAUUCUUUUAACUGCAGUAGGCCAAAGCUUUUUUGUUUUUUUUGCUGAAAUGUCAUUAUACUCAGCUAUAUUAUUCUAUGGUGUCGGAGCCGUCUGUUUAUUGAAAUUGAAGGAAUAUUAUAAGGACGCUCAAUUACGGCAUUUUAAAGUAGAUAUAUUCUUCAUUUGGCUUUAUUUAUUAUGCACAGCUUUUAUUGCUGUAGCUCCAUUUUUUCCAAUUCCAUCAAGUAAAUACGAGCCACUUAAUUAUAAAUCUUUCGUGCCGUUCGUUGCUUCAUGGGUCCCUAUAUUGAUAAGUGUGAGCAUUUGGUAUUUUCACGAUUAUAAAAAGGUGUCAAUAUCAGAUAUUCUAAAAUUUCUUACUUUCUAUAAACAAUAA